AUGACCGAGCAGACUGAUGCAGCGGCGGCGACGGCCAUCGCGCCCUCGCCCUCGCCCUCGCCGAUACGUGCCACCGACUACUUUGACAAGCGGAUCGAGUCGGUGCGGCAGCAGGGCGAUGCCGACUCGGCGCAGUCGACGCCCAGCGUCGGGACACCCGCCUCGGCCUCGGGGGCGGCCACUCCGACUGGAUCCACCGCAUCGGAGCUGUCCGACAGCGAGCAGAUGGUCGCCACCUCGACGCUCACCACCACCAUCACCCGGGGCACGGGAAGCGGCGAGGCCGAGGUGAGCACCGCCAAGAUCACCCACGUCGGCGCCAAGGGCAUCACCGCCCAGGUCGGCAAGGACGGCGCCGUCCGCCUCCGCCCGCAGCCCGCGUCGACGUCGCGGCGGAAGCGCAUCCGCGCCAUCGUCUCGUUCAAGCCCCGCCACUCGCACUUCAACCGCGAGAACAGCAGCUCGUCGACGGACCAGUUCCGCGGAUUCUUCACCCUCUUCUGGAUCAGCAUCGGCCUCUUUGUCCUCAACACGUCCUACACCUCGUUCGCCGACACGGGCAAGGUGCUCAGCAUGACCUUUGCCACCCUCUUCAGCCGCGACGCCCGCAUGCUCGCCCUCAGCGACGCCGUCCUCAUCGCCAGCACCUUCAUCUGCGUGCCUUUCAUCAAGGUCUGCAAGAGGGGCUGGGUGCGCUACUGGCCCACCGCCGUCGUCUUCCAGCACCUGUGGCAGAGCGCCCUCCUCUUUGCCGUCAUCAAGUGGGCCCGCUACCGCGAGUGGCCCUGGGUCCAAUCCGGCUUCUUCGUCCUCCACACCCUUUCGAUGAUGAUGAAGAUCCACAGCUACAUGGCCGUCAACGGCAACAUGGCCGACGCCUACCACCGCAUGCUCCGCCUCGGCAGGAUGCUCGAGGAGCGCGUCGCAGAGGUCGAGGGCGGCGAGGCCGGGCAGGGCGAGGAGCAGCUCCACGCCGCCUGGAACCGCGCCGUCCGCAGGGCCCGCACCAACGCCGGCUUCGACGCCGAUGGCGACGCCGGUGCCGAGGGCGAGAGCGAGAAGAAGGGGAAACAGGACGGCGAGCCAUGCAGCGGCGGCGACAUGGAGGCGGCGGGAUGCGACGGCCACGCGAUCCGCGACCCACACCCGCUGGCGACGCAUCCCGACUCGCUCGUCUCAGACCUGGCGCGCGAGAUCGAGGUGCUGCGCGAGGACCUGCUCUCGGCCAAGGCGCCCGAGGUCACCGAGCCCGGCAUCAUCCGGCAGGACACCGUCGUAUGGCCCGACAAUGUCACCUACGCCAACUUCUGGGACUACCUGCUGGUCCCCACGCUGGUCUACGAGCUCUCCUACCCGAGGACGACGACGAUACGCCCGCUCUACGUGCUGGAAAAGAUCCUGGCGACGUUUGGCACCUUCCUGGUCAUUUACGUCAUCACCGAGCACUGGAUCAUGCCCAACAGCCCGAGCCCGGACACGCCGCUGCUGCGCACCUUCCUGCAGCUGGCGGUGCCCAUGAUGGUCAACUACCUCCUCAUCUUCUACCUCAUCUUUGAGGGCGUCCUCGGCGGCUUUGCAGAGAUCACGCGCUUCGCCGACCGCGAGUUCUACCAGGACUGGUGGAAUGCCACAUCGAUGGACGUCUUCUCGCGGAAGUGGAACAAGCCCGUGCACUCUUUCCUGCUGCGCCACGUGUACGCCAGCACGAUUGCGGCGUGGGGACUGUCGCGGACGUCGGCCAUGUUUGUCACGUUCCUCUUCAGCUCGCUGGUCCACGAGCUGGUCAUGGCCAUUGUCAGCGGCAAGAUCCGGCUCUACCUAUUUUCGGCGCAGAUGUCGCAGCUGCCGCUCAUCCUCGUCUCGCAGAUCCCCUUUGUCAAGCGCAACGAGGCGCUCGGCAACAUGAUCUUCUGGAUCGGGCUCAUGAUGGGCUUCCCGUUGCUCAACAUCGGCUACCUCGUCUACUGA